AUGAAAUCAUAUCAUCAGAUCUUCGAAUUGUUUCAUAGUUCAAGAGGGCAGCAAGUUACCAUUUGCUAUGGCAUAUCAAACGUUACGACAAGAAUAUUUUCAGAUACCUGUGGUAACUCGAGCAUAUACAACAGCCUGCGUAAUCACAACGUUAUCUGUAGGUUCCAGGAAUUCCGGAGGGCUAUCCUCGAGGUUCCAAGGGAGAGUGCUCGUAGGAAAAUUAGGAAAUGUAUUGGAGACACUCUCAACCUCGCAGAGCUCGGCAUACCAAACAUCAGACGCAUGGAACACUCCUAUCCGAUUUCCUAGCAUAUCUUCGAGAUCGUAACAUGCUGAUCCUAUUUUUCCGACUACUUUUUCUAGAGAGAAGGGGUCUGCUAGCUUUGCUGAGAAAUUCUUUGCUUUGCUUGACUGGAAGAAAUUCUUCUUUAAAACCGUUUCACCCACGGUAUAAGAUGGUGAACUUUUAUUUGACCGUAAUUUGUAAUGUUUCGCAUAUUUUGAAUAUGCUU